AUGACCCGGAUCUGGAACGUAAUGAAGGGAAUCUCUUCUCCAGUCACGCUCCGGCACCCAUUCCGUGCCCUGUCCCUAGCCACCCCACCGAGCGCACGGAGUUGGAUAUUGCUACGGAAUAUUACGCUCGCCUCGCAGCCGACCCCUCAGCCGACCAACUAUCGGCCCGCGGCAUUCCAGUUGUUCCUGAGCGGCCGCUUCUUGUUUGUUCGGACCACUGAGAGGAACACUGACCCCCACCCUGCUAGCCGAGGCGUUCCUCAAGGAAGUGUGCCCAGCCCCCUGCUCUUCAAUGUCAUCAUGGCCUCUCUUCCUGCACUGCUGCCCCACCACGCGCGUCUCACGCUAUAUGCCGACGACAUGUGCUUAUGGACAUCUGCCGCUCGCCGCGACACCAUUCAGCAUCGACUGCAGGGAGGUUUAUAUAUUAUCGUCGCGUAUCUCGCAUACCUCGGUCUCUCCGUUUCACCCAGCAAGACAGUGGCCAUGGUGCUCACUUGUCGAUCAUUCACGAGGUUCCCGCUCGUCAUUGAAGGUUCACCGCUGCCAUUUGUCCCGUACUGCAAGUACCUGGGCGUGGUACUUCACCGUGGCCUUUCCUGGUCUCGCCACAUUAAGUCUCUCACCACCAAUAUCAACAGCUACGUGGCGGUUCUUCGUUGCCUCGCUGCCUUCCCAUCUAGCGUGGUAUCAACCGAAGCAGAAAUCGAGAUCUCCUCUUUAGCCAAGCCAGGAGCCUCCGCGUCUGCUUGGGAGUCCCUUCGACCGCCGAGACAUACUCUGUCCAAGCCGAGGCACGCGGACCGCCGAUCGAUGUCCUGCGGGACGGCGCAACCCUCCACGUUCUCGCACGGUAUCUUACUCGGCACCCUCUUCAGUACCUUCGCCACGUCGACGAAGACUGUCCGGCCUCUGACUUCGGUCGUGCUCUCGUUCCGUCAAAGGGUCCGUCCCUGCACAGUCCUCCCUGCCCUUGCACGGCCCGGCGAUGUGGACGCUUGCAAGACCUGGGAUCUGUGCCAUUUCCCCGGCCUCCAGAGGAAGAACGAUGUGCCUGUGACAGUAGCCCGCCAGCUCGCGCUCGAGCAUCUCAGUUCGGCCUAUCAGCUGAGCCGCGCGAUCUAUACUGAUGGGUCGGUAGCGAAUGAGUCUUCAGCAGCGGCCUACUACGUCUCGCAGGAAAACCGUGACCUCGCCCUCAGACUUCCCUACACAGUGUCCUCCACGGAUGCGGAGCCACUCGGACUGCUUGCCGCUCUGCGGCAUAUCGCUGAAUCUAUGCCCGAUGCAUGGGUCGUCCUCACAGACAGCAAGGCGUCUUUGGCACUCCUGUCAGCAUACCACCCGGGCGUCGUGAAUGAUCUGCGUACCAUGGUACUUCAGGAGUACGCCCACCUCUCCUCGGUCGGCCACCGUAGCUGCCUUCAAUGGGUACCCGGGCAUACAGGGCUACACGGAAACACCUGUGGUGACGCGGCUGCGAGACGUGCCGCGCUUGAUGCGCCCACGCCGUCCAUCGACCCCUCACUGGAGUUUGUCAUCGGCCGCCGCAGUACCCGCGAGGAGGAGUCCCUUCUAUACCGUUUUCGGAUGAACGUUGCCCUCACCCGUUCACUCCUGUUCAAAAUAGGCCGCGUCCCAUCUCCCACUUAG